AUGUUUGCAUGUCCUGUCCCAAGAAGUCAGGAUAUGCUACUAUAUAAGCAUCAAAAGUACAACUGCUACAGCUCUGUUUCGGUUGUGCUUGAGUUGACAAAUUCUGAUAUAGAGUGGUUGGGGGAUGAAAACUCGGGAGAGGAGGUUGAGUCGGAAGACGGGCUGCUACACAGGAUAAAUUCGUGGGAUCGUCAAGACUUAAAUAUUCAAGUUCCUAACCAUGAGCAGUUUCAUUAUAGAGAAGAAGAUUAUGCACAAUGCUCCUGGAGUAGUGCUCCAGACAGAAGCAGAGGACUGGCUUUUGGACAAUCUUCUAGUUGGCAUCCAGUUCAAGCAUCCAUGGAUAGAGAAAUCGUCUAUAACUCUAGGGAGAGUAGUGAGUUCCUAGAACUGCAAGAGGCAAAUAACAUCUCCAAGGCAGCUUUCAAGGAAAUCAUGUCGAUGGCUUUAGAAGCAAACACUUGGGUUGUUGGCACUCCAGCAUUUGGUUCAAUUGAGGAAUUGCAACAAAGGUUCAGGAGUCCACCUCCGCCUGGAAUGAGAGUUGAAUGUUCCAUUGAGACUGCAUUUGUUCCAAUUGCCCCUAAGAGUCUGCAUUCUACCUUCAUGGAUGCGGAUGUAUGGGCUUCAACAUUUUCUGGCAUUGUCCAUGAUGGAUCUAGCCAUUUGCCAACUGGUGUUUUGUCGCAGUUGAUUGAUACUGAUCGGACAAUCAUUGAUAUAGUAGUGGUCAAUGCUGAAUGUCAAUUGCCCACACCAUUGGUGCCAAUACGGAAAUUCCGUUUCUUGAGGUCCCUAAGAGAGAUCGCACCAGAUAUAUGGGCCAUAGUUGAUGUGUCGAAUGAUUAUUUCCACCAUGAACCUUCUGAUUCUACAUCGGCAGUGAAGUGUCGGCGAAGGCCUUCUGGGGUGAUAAUCAGAAAGCGUGGCAAUGGCUCUGAGGUUAUAUGGAUUGAGAAUGUGGAAGUGUAUGAGCACCAAGUCCAAGAAAAUAUGUACUCAAAAAUAGUCAACUCGAACCUCGCAUUCUGUGCAAACCGUUGGGUUAGGCUAUUGUUGCAGAAGUUUAAGCGAAACAAAAGUACAUUUUUCCAUCCUCAGAUGCCACUGGGAUGGCGAGCUCAUGUAUAUCUGCUGAAUUUAAUCAAGUGCAUGGAGAAGGAGUACUUUGACUGCAUUAGUGAGGCUCCUAACAGAAGGAAAUGGGAAAUUCUGGCUGAUGAAGGAAUAAGGGUUUUGAGGGAUGUGACUGUUAAUCAUGUUGAAACACUGGGCUCAAAUAAUUAUAUUGCCUUGACUAGCUUCCAUGUUCAAGCAGCACCUCUCUUACUUUUCCACUUUCUUGUGAAAAGGAAUUUCCAAUUACAGUGGCCAAGCCUUCAGGAAGAGUCUGAAGAGCUUUUUACAUGUGCCACAGAAGAUGAUAGUAUCUGCAUCACUUUACAUAAGAAAGUAGUUUCACAGAACAAUUCCACAGAAUAUCUGUUGCAAGAGGAUUCAGACGAUGAAUUUUGCCACUUCAUUAUAUCAUCACCAAUGACCAAAUUAGCUGUUGACGCUGCUCUUUUCUCUGGAAUAUGGAAAAAUGAUUUCUUAAAGCCGUCAGGGUUUGCUAUAAUGCCUGAUGGCUCUGGUGGCCUCCAAUCUGAUGGCUCCCUAGUAACCAUUGCCAUGCAACAAGAGCUUGAUGUCCUGGACUUGGAGGAGGGUCCAGCCAUUCAAACCAUGAGCAAUAUUAUCAGGGGAAUUGUUGGAGAGAUAAAGGAAGCAAAUUUGGAGAAGAAAGAGUGA